UGAGCAAGACCAAUGACGGAAGCAGCGACCUACUGACGUAUCAGGCCCCUGAUCGAAUCUGAUGUCCCCUCCUGCUCCAUGAGAAACAUCCAGGUGUAUAAAACGGGAGGAGACCUGAAUAAAGACAGAAAGAGAAAGAGAGUCAGGAAGCAUCGGGUCAACAGAGUGGAGAUACAGCAGCGGCUCGAGAUCAGGACUUUGGAGAGUGCAGAAGAAACGAGCAAACGCAGACAACUUUCUGUAGAGCACAUGUGUAAAGCGAUGUUACAACGGUCCGGCCCCCAGCUGCUUUUCCUAAUAGCCCUGUGCAGUGUGUUGUACUCCCGGACUCUGAGUCUGCCAUACACAUCCAUGAGACCGACGAGACACGCAGACGGUCUGUUCACCAGCGGGUACAGCAAACUCCUCGGACAGCUAUCAGCGCGGAGGUACCUGGAGUCUCUGAUCGGAAAGCGGGUCAGUGAUGAGCUGAUGGAGGAGCCAGUGAAGCGCCACUCAGACGCCGUCUUUACAGACAACUACAGCCGCUUUCGCAAACAGAUGGCCGUCAAGAAGUACCUGAACUCAGUCUUAACGGGAAAGAGAAGCCUAGAAGAUCCUGGAACCAGCGACCUGGAGGAGUCCAGGGAUGAACCCAGCACCUUCCAGGAGAACUACAAUGACGUCAACGUAGAUCACCUCCUAAACAACUUUCAACUGCCACUUUGAGGAGGGGCCCAUGCUCCAGUGAAUACCUUAAGUCAUCCUCAUGAAACCGCCCAUUCCAAAAACAACACAGUGUUGAUCCAAAGGACAUUCGACAGUCAAAUCAACCAAUGAUGAUGUGUUUUCCAAUGUGGUUAUCUAUCUAUUCAUUCACACAGUACGUGUUUACACUGUAUAUAUACAAUAUAUACAAUACUAAUCACUAAAGAUUGGUCCAAAGACUCUGUGCGCUCUGAGCAACAUGCAUGUCCACGUUCUGUUUGGUCAAUCAGCGUUUGAAAACUGCAACUAGUAACAGUAAUUAUAAACAGUACCUUAUUUACUUUUUUUCUAAUAUCAAUGUUCCUUUAUCUUUCAAUGGACAGAUACUAACUUUUAAUGAAUAACUGUCCUAUUAAAUUUGAGUGAAAUGUGUCCUAUCAACUAAUAAAUCAUUGAGUUAAACAUUUGAUCCCUCGAAUGUCAAUAGAACAGCAUUUAUUUUCAGUAGUGUACUUUUUCCAUUGAUUUUCAGUGGAUCAGUGCCAACUUUUGUUCAAUUAACUUUGAAUGGAAAAUAAGUCUGAAUUCUCAUGAAUUUUCACUCACAACAGUUCCAUUAUCUUUCAAUGGAGAAUGUGUCCAACGCUAGCACCAUAUAUUAUUUGCAGAUAUUCAACUGAACCAUGGCCCUAUUUACUUAAAAUAAGAAAAUACUUGCAUAAAUUGGACUUUCAAUGGAACUAUUUAGCCUGGGAUAAUUUAAUAGAAACACUGCUCUUUUCAAUUUGAGUGAAAUUUGUCCCAUCUACUUUCACUUUAACAUUUGAUUAGCAUAUACUUUCAAUAGAGCAACUUUCAGUUGAUCUCCUGUCCCUUUAGCUUGUAGAGACCAACGUUUGUACAAUUAACUUUGCAUGGAACAUCUGUGUGAUUGAAUUCUGACUUAUUUUUACUUACCGAUAGUUCGAUUAAUGUUCUGUGGAGCACUUGUAUGAUUAAUCUUCAGUGGAACACAAACACCAUUACUGCUUUAUAAAAAUUUCAAUGGAAUAUAAGUGUUGUUCUAUUAACUUCCAAUGGAAAUAUUUAUCCCAAUAAAGUUUAAUGGAGCAACUGUUACAUUAAAUUUGAAAGAAAUCUAUCCCAUUCACUUUUAGUUAAACAUUUUACCCGUUGAAGGUCAAUGGAACAGCAUUUGUUUUUGCUAACAUCCCGUUAGCCUUAUGUGAAACAUUUGUCCAGUUGGCUUUCAAAGGAACAUCUGUCUGAUUAGAUUCUUAUCAAUUUUAGCUAACCAAUAGUUCCAUCAACUUUCAUAGAACAAUAGAUUACAAUUAACAUUUGGUUGUUAUUAUGUCAUUAGGAUGAUCACUUUCUUGAUUUGUUCUAUUUUACAUGGGACAGUAAAUUGAAGAACAUCUGUUGUCACAAAUUUAAAUUAACAGUUGUUGCAGUAAUUUUCAAUGGUGCAAUCAUGAUUUAAGUUCUGACUGAAUUAUUUUAGAAAAUCCAAGCGUGGUCAUUUGAUGAUAAGAAGGAGAAACAGGAGCAAAAGGAGGAGGAACACAUUUUGAAUGGACACAGAUGCAUAUAAUCACUUUAUACUAUUCAAUAUGUAGAGCAAAGACGUUAUAACUGAGCAUAGACCUGCCUUUAGUGCAUAUAGUGAUGUACACCACUCACCAAAUAAAAGAUAUUGUUUUAUUUUUCAAA